GCGUGCAGAUGCUCUCAAGAUGAUUGGCAAAUUUGAUGCUGCAAUUGGUUUAUUCUUUCUACUCUGCUGCCAUACAUGUAGUGCUUCCGGAUGUUUGCACCACCUCACCGGAAAACGAGGCUACAUAUCAAGUUUCACUGACGUGACGUCAUACCCCUGUGAGUGGGACAUCACUACUGACGUGGGCAGGAUAAUACUGCUCAAUUUCGAUACCAUGGGUUUCCGCCGAGGUACAGACAGCUGUACUUCUGACGUUUUGACGUUCUACGACGGAGGUUCUACAAACAGCGAGGUCCUCGACAGCUUUUGUGGAGACCAGCCUCUACCUGACUUAGGACAUUUACACUUAUCCACGGCUAGUACCGGCAACAAGCUAUACGCUGUUUUAACACGUCGUCUAGCUUCACGGACCCAGUUCAGCCUCGCAUUUACCACAAGGGAAGUGGAGGAUGAGCCGGUGUUUGAUGAAGAUACGUUCGUCCCGCAAACAGAAAAGACAUUUAGCAAUCGUUCAGUCUCGAAUUUUGUUCAGCUGGAGAUUUUUGACUGGCCCUUCACCAACGUUAGAGGAAUCUAUCCGUACGCCUACACAACUGACAAGAGAAGCCCGAUUACGUUUGGCUAUACCUUCGAGUUCUACCUUGCUAUCCAAGAAGGAGUCCUUGAUUUUGAAUUAACGCCAGACACCGAGCUAAGCUGUGACCCAAUCAAUAAUAGCACCAUGGCAGGGGGCGAGCUGUAUAUGCGAAAAAUUGGAACAUAUCCACUUGACGACUGGCCAUGGAUCCCCUUCUACAUGUACGACUACCCAUGGGAGAGAAAUAUUGCCGUCGUAAAGUACACGUAUUACAAUGUCAAGGUAGGACGGUUAGUAUGGAACACUGACAUGAAUAAAAUCAGCUGUACAACUAAUGGCGAGGAGUUUAGGACUGAAGUCAUUGUGACAGCCUGCCCCAUCGGCCGGUUCGGGCGGUUCUGUGCGGAGCGUUGUCGGUGUUACAACGGAGCAAUGUGUCACAGUUUCAACGGUGCGUGCAGGUGCGCCCCUGGCUGGACAGGAAAGAACUGCAACACAGAAUACCCAGAAGUACUCAUCAGUACUUCUACCAGUGACCUGUCAGACUUGCGAUACGGACAGGAACUGCAGCUCACCUGCACAGCCUACAGUUUUGAAGUGACCAACAUCACGUGGUUCUCUCAGGAUGGGAACAAAACUCUGUUGAAUGUAACGAACAGCAGCAACUCUUCUGUUCUACACGUCAACUCCCUGGUGCCUGCGUAUGAAGGUCUGUGGACCUGUGAGGCUCUCAGCAUGAGUGGAGAUGAAUAUUACGACACAGUGAAUAUAACAAUAGCAGGUUGCCAAGAUAACUUUUACGGCGAGCGAUGUGACCAGGUCUGUAACUGUACCGGACAGGCUACGUGUGACCGGCUUCUGGGGUGUGCAGGACCAGUCUCUGAAUACACUGCAGGAUCCCAGACGACACUACUGGCCGUCAGUCUGGCCGCAGCCGGACUGACUCUCCUCCUGCUCGGCGCCAUCUUCCUGCUCCACAGACACAAGAAGAGGCAGCGGGUGGGAAACAUCGACGAUCCAGAAGUCUUUCAACUGGAACAGAAUUUAAAGGCCGUGAUGCCACUUGCAGAAAGUUCCUUAUCAAGUAGUAUCGACAUCGAGUUACUGAAAGAAAGGGAGAUCGACAGGGAUAGGCUGCAGGUCCAACAGCUCCUGGGAGAGGGCGCUUUUGGUCACGUAGUCAAGGCAACGCUCGCACACCCUGAUAGAGAUAAUGAAGUGGUCGCCGUCAAGAAGUUAAAAGGUCCGCUCGAAUUGGUGCUGGAAUAUGCCGAACACGGGAGUCUCCUGCACCUGCUGUGGACGUUACGUGCGGAGUCCAAACUCAACAGGACCGUUCUGGUCAACAAACGGCACAUCUUCGAGAACAUGAUGGUGGAAGUGUGCUCCGGUCUGGAGCAUCUGGCAAGCAGGAGGCUUGUUCACCGAGACAUCGCAGCCCGUAACAUCCUGAUCUGUGGGAAGGGAACCGCCAAGAUCGCGGACUUCGGGCUGGCCCGGGACAUGUACGCUGUGGGGUACCAUCGGCAGGACAGGAACAGCGAACUCCUGCCUCUGAAGUGGAUGGCGCCGGAGGGCCUGAAGAAUGAGGCUUUGUUCACAGACAAGAGCGACGUGUGGUCUUUCGGGGUCCUGUUGUGGGAGGUGGCGCAGCUGGGCCGCACGCCGUACCCUGGGAUGGAAGGUGCAGACAGACUGUACGAUGCUCUGCAAAACCACUUCAGACUCCCCAGACCCCAGCUGUGUACAGAGGAAAGAUACCAGCUGAUGCUGCAGUGCUGGAAGUUUAACGAGAAGAACAGACCUGGCGCCACGGCUAUCAGAGAACAGCUGGAGGUGGAUCCCAAUGGAUUUUUCUGCUUUAAUGCACCAAUGGCAGUGAUGCAGUCAGGGGCACAAGUCACUUCGGUGUGA